AUGGACUCUCCAGGCGCCACCCCUUCUCCUGUCCAACCUCCCCUUCCCAACCUCCCACCCUCCCACUCGCCCACCGCCCAACCAGGGAGCUAUCGUACAACCCCAUAUCAGGCAGCCUGCCGGCAGCCAUGGGCUCUCUCAAUUCCCUUCUUGAGGUUUCUCAAAAUGCACUCUCCCUCGUUACUUCCCCCUCCUCCCGCCCACCCCCCAACCAGGGAGCUAUCGUACAACCCCAUAUCAGGCAGCCUGCCGGCAGCCAUGGGCUCUCUCAAGUCCCUUCUUGAGGGUUCUCAAAGUGCACUCUCCCUCGUCACUUCCCCCUCCUCCCGCCCACCGCCCAACCAGGGAACUAUCGUACAACCCCAUAGCAGGCAGCCUGCCUGCAGCAAUGGGCUCCCUCAAGUCCCUCAAGAUCCUCGGCGUUUUCUCACUCUCCGUUCCACUCUUCCCCUGUUCGCACUACCCCAUGCCCCCACCCCACCCCAACCCCCUCCCUCCACCUUCUCCCUCAUCACCUUCCCCCCUCCUGCUAUCAUCACCCCCUCCCUCCUGCUAUCAUCACCCCCUCCCUCCUGCUAUCAUCACCCCCUCCCUCCUGCUAUCAUCACCCCCUCCCUCCUGCUAUCAUCACCCCCUCCCUCCUGCUAUCAUCACCCCCUCCCUCUACUAUCAUCACCUUCCCCCCUCCCUCCUGCUAUCAUCACCUUCCCCCCUCCCUCCUACUAUCAUCACCCCCUCCCUCCUAUCAUCACCCCCUCCCUCCUACUAUCAUCACCCCCUCCCUCCUACUAUCAUCACCCCCUCCCUCCUACUAACAUCACCUCCUCCCUCCUACUAUCAUCACCCCCUCCCUCCUACUAUCAUCACCCCCUCCCUCCUACUAUCAUCACCUCCUCCCUUCCAGAGAAAUUAAGGCAACAUGUCUCAACAACUCCCUGCCUCUCUCCCUUACAAAGCUCCAAGCACCCGACAGCAUCUUCCUUGCUAACCUCUCGUCCCAUUUUCCCGGUGCUCUCUCUGCCUCUUUUCCCGGUGCUCUCUCUGCCUCUUUUCCCGGUGCUCUCUCUGCCUCUUUUCCUGGUGCUCUAUCUGCCUCUUUUCCCGGUGCUCUCUAUGCCUCUUUUCCCGGUGCUCUCUCUGCCUCUUUUCCCGGUGCUCCCUCUGCCUCUCCCCAAAAACUUGCCCUACAACCAGCUCUCCGGCUCGUUUCCCGGUUUCCUCGCUAACAUCUCGUCCCUCACUUUGAUGUAA